AUGGCUAGACUCAACGAACCCCCGGUGUCUUCGGACAGCAUUGAGACGCUUCGCAAGAAGUUCCUCCGCCAGAACAGAGACCUCGCCAAGUCGAACAACAUCCGCGCUCUGCGCAUCCGCGAGCUGGAAAACGAGUGCGCCUGCAUGCUCUCCGAGAACCUCGAGCUCCGUGGCCGCAUCCUCGAGCUCGAAAAGCAAGUCGAAGACAACGACUCCCGCCGGAUAGCCGACCAUGCUUUGGCAAUCAAGCACAAGCUCGAGUCGCAGCUCACCGAAUGGGGCACCCUCUUGGCGGGCCUCGGCCUCGAGCCGCCCAUGAAGAAGCACUCGCCGCGCGUGAGGAAAACAGCUAGAUCCCGCAUGAGCUUCAGUGGGAGUCGUCCGAGCCCAUCUCAAAGAAGAUUGCGUGAGGUAGCUCGGGAUAUUGAAGAGCUGGGACACAUUGCUGAAGCCAAGUCCUACCCUCGCAAAUCCAUGAACCACGAACAAAUCCUCGCCCUCCAGUCAGAGGUCGAAGAGGCCGACACGACAGACUCUCCCGAGCUCGGGCCGCCACCCAGGUCUCAAUUCAUUGAUCGAGACCCGGUCAACCUGGACUCUCCCAGUAAGGCUAUUCCAGCAAGGGCACGAGAGGCUAGCCCCGAAAAGAAGGCCGAACUUCCUCCCUCGACAUCUCUUGAAUCACCAAAGGCAAACAAGACCUUCUACCCGUCAGUGCCUUCACCUGAGAAGAAGGUCGAGCCCACCAUUCCGCCGCAACUCCGGCCACAGGCCAGCGAUACUACCGCCUCUGUACCCAUUAAGGCUGGGUCGAAGCGCAAGUUCACCGCUCCCGACGACGGCGAAAACAUACCAGUCCGGAGGACCAACGAUGAAAACCGCCCUUUCCGAGCCGGACCGGAGAAGCAGUCAAUUCGAGACAAGGCUGGAGGUGGCAAGACGCUCAAGGAGCUCGCCAACAUCAGAAAGGAGGCUCGCGAGAGGCAGGCUGCCGACAUCACCACACGCAAGCCUCUAUCGGCGAAGAGCACCAACGACGACGUUAGUUCGCCGAAAAAGUCCAAACUGUCGAACGACGAGGUUGCCGCAGCCAAAGCGGACCUGGUCAAGCCCAAGGCAUCGAAAGAACGAUCCAAGGCAAAGACAAAGAAUGCUGCGCAGGUCAAGGUUGAAGCGGUCAAGAUUGAACCCAUGUCCAUACCUGAACUGCCGCCUCCAGCAACCGUCGAAUUGAGCGUACCAGUCGCAGAACCAGCCCUCCUGUCCCCGAACUCUCCCGAACCAGCCCCCGAUUCCAGUGGCCAUAGGGGUGACACGCCUCCCCCGCUGGACAUUUCGUCCAAGGGCGAGAUGUCGCGACCGAGCAGGCGGAACAGGACGGCAGUCAGCUAUGCCGAGCCGAACUUGAGGGAUAAGAUGCGGCGGCCGACAAAGGAGCUGUUUGACGCAGUUGCAGGAGAGGGCAAAUACGCGCGACGGAGCAGCCAAGCUGAGCCGUUGGACAAGCUGAAGCGCGAGUCGGACAUCAACGGAUCCGGGGCGAAAUUGCUCAGCGCGAACCCGCAAGCCGCCGAAGCUGAGCCCGGCAGGAUGCCAGAAAGCCCUUUGGCCAACAAGACCUCAUCCCCUCAAGAGCUGCCCGCUUCCGUCGCCACGGAGAGGCGGCGUCGACCAUCGUCCGCAACGGCAAAGGCGACUGAGAUGCCCGAUGAGGCUGACAGCAGCCUAUCGGACAAGCCGAGGGAAGCGGACACUAGCACAGACACGAGCGGCUCGGGCGACGCCGACAUCUACGAGUUUACGAGUUCGUCGCCCCAAGUUGACAAGGAGGACGAGGCUGUGGAGCAGAAGCGGUCCAGCCGGCGGCAAACGACGUCCACGCGACGUGCGUCGUCGGCCACCGACGGUGACAAGAGCCGGACUUCUUCAAGAAGAAGAAGCAUGAUGGUGUAA